AAUUACUUAAAUUUGAGAAGAAAUUUGCAGUCGACAUUUGAAAGAAAAAAAUAAAUGUCGGAAGUAAGAAAGCAAAGAUGGUCUCUUGAGGGCAUGAUCGCCCUUGUCACUGGUGGAACCAAAGGCAUCGGAUAUGCUAUAGUUGAAGAACUAGCAGAAUUUGGAGCAAUAGUACACACAUGUUCACGUAACCAAACAGAGCUCGAUGAAAGAAUUCAAGAAUGGAAGAACAAGGGCCUAAAAGUAAGCGGCUCCGUAUGUGACCUGAAAAUUAGAGCUGAGCGGGAGAAGCUGAUGGAAACUGUCUCUUUGAUGUUUGAUGGCAAGCUCAACAUCCUUGUGAACAAUGCUGGAAUGGGUAUGUUUAAGGAAGCCAAAGAAUGUACUGCGGAGGAUUUCUCGACUUUAAUGACAACCAAUUUCGAGUCUGCUUUCCAUCUGUCUCAACUGGCGUACCCACUCCUAAAAGCAUCUAAAUAUGGAAGCAUUGUAUUUAAUUCCUCAGUCGCAGGCGUAAUUAGUGUACCUCUAUGCUCCAUCUAUAGUUCAACUAAAGGAGCAAUGAAUCAAUUGACAAAGAACCUGGCAUGCGAGUGGGCAAAGGACAAUAUUCGUGUGAAUUCGGUUGCUCCAGCGGUUAUUAGAACCUCACUCGUCGAUGCCAUAGAAGAAGAUGCCAAAGCCAAGGAAAUUAUAACACGAAUGAUAUCUCGUACCCCAAUCUCCCGUGCCGGAGAGCCUAAAGAGGUUUCAGCGGUGGUUGCAUUCCUGUGUUUACCAGCGGCUUCAUAUAUCACCGGUCAAGUUUAUUGCGUUGAUGGAGGAUACACUGUGACUGGGUUUUAAACCAAACAGUCAGUCGAGGGUUUUACUGUGGCAGAUGCUGUCCUAAUAAUCUCCCUGUUAACAGAGAGAAUAUUUCUCUACUGCUGUUGUCUUUCAGUUCUUGAAAUUGUCGUUCUUUUUCCAAAGUUUGAAUCAAAAAUAAAUUUCCGAAAUAAAGAAUCCUUGUCUUUAAUUUUAAACCAA